GCUGCUGGGCCAUGGCGCAUAAAGCCUCUGGCCACCUGCAGGGUUACUGCUGCGCCGACCACUGCCUGGGACUCACCUUGCUGAAGCGUGAGCCUCGGCUUCUGUCAUCUCUGUGGCCUCCGUCGCCUCGGUCGUUGUCCCCUUCAGGCCCUGAGCCCCGCGAGCCCGGGCCGCACACGCGGACAUGGGCGGCAGCGCCAGGGCGCGCUGGGUGGCGGUGGGGCUGGGCGUCGUGGGGCUGCUGUGCGCUGUGCUCGGCGUGGUUAUGAUCCUCGUGGUGCCCUCGCUCAUCAAACAGCAGGUGCUGAAGAAUGUCCGCAUAGACCCCAGCAGCCUGUCCUUUGGGAUGUGGAAGGAGAUUCCUGUCCCCUUCUACUUGUCCGUCUACUUCUUCGAGGUGGUCAACCCCAGCGAGAUCCUAAAGGGCGAGAAGCCAGUAGUGCGGGAACGUGGACCCUAUGUCUACAGGGAAUUCAGACAUAAGGCCAACAUCACCUUCAAUAACAAUGAUACUGUGUCCUUCGUGGAACGCCGCAGCCUCCAUUUUCAGCCUGACAGGUCCCACGGCUCCGAGAGUGACUACAUUGUGCUGCCUAACAUCCUGGUCUUGGGGGGCGCAGUGAUGAUGGAGAGCAAGUCUGCAGGCCUGAAGCUGAUGAUGACCUUGGGGCUGGCCACCAUGGGCCAGCGUGCCUUUAUGAACCGCACAGUUGGUGAGAUUCUCUGGGGCUACGAGGAUCCCUUUGUGAAUUUUAUCAACAAAUACUUCCCAGACAUGUUCCCCAUCAAGGGCAAGUUCGGCCUGUUUGUUGAGAUGAACAACUCAGACUCUGGGCUCUUCACUGUGUUCACGGGCGUCCAGAACUUCAGCAAGAUCCACCUGGUGGACAGAUGGAACGGACUCAGCAAGAUCAACUAUUGGCAUUCAGAGCAGUGCAACAUGAUCAAUGGGACUUCUGGGCAGAUGUGGGCGCCAUUCAUGACUCCCCAAUCCUCACUGGAAUUCUUCAGUCCUGAGGCUUGCAGGUCCAUGAAGCUCACCUACCAUGAUUCAGGGGUGUUUGAAGGCAUCCCCACCUAUCGAUUCACGGCCCCUAAAACUUUGUUUGCCAAUGGGUCUGUCUACCCACCCAAUGAAGGCUUCUGCCCAUGCCUCGAAUCUGGCAUUCAAAAUGUCAGCACCUGCAGGUUUGGUGCACCUCUGUUUCUGUCACACCCUCACUUCUACAAUGCAGACCCCGUGCUGUCAGAAGCCGUUCUUGGUCUGAACCCUGACCCAAAGGAGCAUUCCUUGUUCCUAGACAUCCAUCCGGUCACUGGGAUUCCCAUGAACUGUUCUGUGAAGUUGCAGCUGAGCCUCUACAUCAAAUCUGUCAAGGGCAUUGGGCAAACAGGGAAGAUCGAGCCCGUGGUCCUGCCACUGCUAUGGUUUGAACAGAGCGGUGCCAUGGGCGGCGAGCCCCUGAACACGUUCUACACGCAGCUGGUGCUGAUGCCCCAAGUGCUUCACUAUGCGCAGUAUGUGCUGCUGGGGCUGGGCAGCCUCCUGCUGCUGGUGCCCAUCAUCUACCAGUUGCGCAGCCAGGAGAAAUGCUUUUUAUUUUGGAGUGGUAGUAAAAAGGGCUCGCAGGAUAAGGAGGCCGUUCAGGCCUACUCUGAGUCUCUGAUGUCACCAGCUGCCAAGGGCAAGGUGCUGCAAGAAGCCAAACUGUAGGGUCCCAAAGACAUCAUGAGCCCCCCAAACCUGAUAGCUUGGUCAGACCAGCCAUCCAGUCCCUAUACCCCACUUCUUGAGGACUCUCUCAGCGGACAGCCUGCCAGUGCCAUGGCCUGAGCCCCCAGAUGUCACACCUGUCCGCACAGCACACAUGCGUCCAGGCGUGUGCAAAGAAACACUCAGGGACCAGGGACAGACCCCUGCUGAAGGCGCAUGCGCAUGCUGAGUCACAGGCACACUCUUCUAAAUGGUCUGUGAGCCAGGCUUCGGGACUGCAACUGCCACCAGCCCCUCCCAUGGGGAGCUGGCCCUACCCAGGCCCGCCACUUCAUGCUACCCUCAUCUUUCUCCAUCAGGCUGAAAGGCGCAGUCCCCAGGGAAGACAGAACUGUCACUCCUAGGGGUUGGGCAUGCAUCAGCCUCUUGUGCCAAGGCCAGGCAAGUAGUUCCAGGUCCUAACGGGUCUACACAUGCGCUCUGGAGCUGCGCCUGGCCCUUUUCCUCCAGUCUCUGCUAUGUCGCCUAAACACUGAAUUGGCCACAGUAAGUGACCAGAGUGGCAGGCCCCUCAGGGUCCUUAGUUUUCAGGUGUGGGCCAUCUACCCCUGGCACCUGGUCCUCUGGCAUCUGGCCUGGUGUCCUGGUGUACUUCCCCAGAGGGUGGGGGACAAGGAGGCCCAACGCUCUGCAACUGUUCCUUUUUCUACUGGAAGAAAAAUUUUAUCAUCUCUUGGAAGAAACUCAUGAUUGAAGCAAUAAACGUUUUCACAGAUUU